AUGGCCACACCCACCGAAGAACCCACCAUCACCAUGGAGACCUGCGGCGACGACGUCUCCGACCCAACCAUGGAGACCAUCGGCGUCCUCUCUGAUGUCUCCAUGGCGAGCAGAAGCCUCCCCGUAGGCGUCGUCUCCACCAAUUUCAAGGUCACUCGUGGCUUCGGUGGAAUCGCGGAGAACGCCAAGGUGAACGUCGACAGGCUGUAUCUACGCCAGGUCAUGACGGGCUGGGACGCGAAUCAGUCAGACUUGAUACAGCCCAAUGCCGUGACAGGGCUAGGUAAAACUGCUGUGAACAACUGGGGUGUCUAUGACGGUGCUGGCUCCAAGGCGGAACUUGUUGCCAAAACGCACGGUAUGCACACACUUGCUGGCAAAUGGAGCAAUUGGUUUACCCUGGCGUUUGUGGUCGGAAGGUUCGAAGCGUCCACUCUUCAGGUUAUGGGAGCUAAUGAUGAGGAUGAAGCAGAUAAUGACUGGGCCAUUGUAGGUGGGACCGGUGAAUUCGCAAUGGCUCGCGGUAUCAUCCGGAGAAGAGUAUAUAGUAUAACAAACAAUACAUUAACACAUGCGCUUACUAUUGAAUUCUUCUGCCACAUGACGGAGGUCGUCCCUUCACCUACAAAGAGAGGAACAGUUGGUGGAAAUAGAGGCACCCUGCCUCGGGAAAUGGAAGGCAAAUCCCAACGUCUAGAAAAUGUGACAAUCUACCAUGUAGGUGCAGUUGAAGGGUUUCAAUUUUCCUACGUGGACGAAGACAGGAAAAUCCGCACCACUGAUACUUGGGGUCGAGUACAUCCUGAUCCUUUGCGCAAGACGGAAAUAAAGUUUGGCCCAUCAGAGUUUGUGAAAAAGAUCAAUGGGGCUCAGAGAGGAGGCGAGGGCUGGCUGUCAAAAUUUGAGAUCGUCACCACCCACAAAACGUAUGGUCCUUUUGGAAGUGACAACGGCGCUCCACAUUUCAGCUAUACCGUGCCGGAGGACGAGACCGUGGUGGGCUUCUUCGCAAACACUGAUAACAUUUUCGUCACUUCGAUUGGUGUUUACACCAUCUAA